AUGAAGCUGGAGUAUGAGCAGGUCCAUUGCGUGUUUUCGUGGGCGUGGGAUAUUGGGAAUGUGGAGGAUCAUGGUGUAACGAGUUCAAAUGGUGUAGUUGGUGGUGGCGGUGAAGCUGAUGAAGUUGGAGCCAUUGGCGCCUUAGGCGGCAAUGGCCGGCCUAGUGAGGCGGAUGACGACGUUUGUGGGAUUUGCCGUGCGAGUUAUAAUGGAACAUGUCCUGCUUGUAAGUUCCCAGGUGAUGAAUGUCCACUUGUCGUAGGUGAAUGUAAUCAUAAUUUUCACGUCCAUUGUAUUCAACAGUGGCUUACGACGGCGACAGCGCGUGGCUUGUGUCCAAUGUGUCGACAGAGAUUUGCGUUGAAACGAGGGGUCAGGAUUAACGCGCCGCAUGCGACAAGAUUUGAACAAUUGGCACAGGAACGUGAUGAUGAUUACAUGGAGGAGUGA